UUUUCUUGAGCGGCGCACAGGGACGUCACGUAGAUAGGUCUAGCACCACUCCUGUAAGUCCACACCAAGUUAACUAAAUUGGAAUACGGGGGAAUAUUCACGGCCGAGGUGGGUUUCUAGACUACCAGACAAAGCUGGGAAGGGGGAGAACGAGAAACGCCACAAACGCACUCCUUAAAUCGGAGGGUGCUCAAUCAGGUCUUUCUCCGCCUGGUGGGAUUACUAACUCGAUGCAAUUUCUGCAAAUAGGCAGUCAGCUACGCGACUGAAUUCUUCCCCCAGGCAACAGAUUGAAAACAUCAACAUGUCAGCAAUGAGUCGCAGCAUCGUGCGCACAAGUAAAUUCCGCCAUGUUUUCGGCCAAUCAGCGAAAGCAGAGCAAAGCUACGAUGACAUUCGUGUUUCCAAGGUGACGUGGGACAGCUCCUUCUGUGCCGUCAACCCCAAAUUUCUCGCCAUCAUUGUGGAAUCCAGCGGAGGGGGUUCCUUCCUGGUUCUACCUCUCUCUAAGGUCGGGCGUGUGGACAAGAGCUACCCCAUGGUGGUUGGCCACUCAGGCCCCGUCUUGGACAUUGACUGGUGUCCCCACAAUGACAACAUAGUGGCCAGUGGCUCUGACGAUUGUACUGCUAUGGUUUGGCAGAUCCCUGAUCACACUCCUUCCCGCCCCAUAUCGGAUCCCAUCGUGGUUUUGGAGGGCCACUCCAAGCGCGUGGGCAUCGUGACCUGGCACCCUACUGCCCGUAACAUCCUCCUCACUGCUGGCAGUGAUAACCUGAUCAUCAUCUGGAACGUGGGCACGGGCGAGCCCCUCGUCUCCAUGGAAGACCACCCGGACCUCAUCUACAACGUCAGCUGGAACCGCAACGGCAGCCUCUUCUGCACCACCUGCAAGGACCGCCGGCUCCGCGUGUGUGACCCACGGAAGAGGGAGGUCGUGGCGGAGAGAUUGGCACCUCAUGAGGGAAUCCGGCCGAUGCGUGCCAUCUUCACCAGGGAGGGCAACAUCUUCACCACGGGCUUCACCAGGAUGAGUCAGAGGGAGCUGGGCUUAUGGGAUCCGACAAAUUUUGAAGAGCCCAUUGCACUAUUGGAGUUGGACACCAGUAAUGGGGUGUUGUUACCAUUCUAUGAUCCAGACACCAACCUGGUAUAUCUUUGUGGAAAGGGUGACAGUAGCAUUCGUUAUUUUGAGAUCACAGACGAGUCCCCGUAUGUGCACUACCUCAGCACCUUCAGUAGCAAGGAGCCUCAGCGUGGCAUGGGCUUCAUGCCAAAGAGAGGGGUGGAUGUCAGCAAGUGUGAGAUUGCCAGGUUAUAUAAACUCCACGAGAGGAAGUGUGAGCCCAUCAUGAUGACUGUUCCCAGGAAGUCGGAUCUCUUCCAGGAUGACCUGUACCCCGACACGGCAGGCCCUGACCCGGCCGUGGAGCCGGAGGAGUGGCUAGAGGGGAGGGACGAGGACCCCAUCCUGGUGUCCAUGAGGGAUGGCUAUGUCCCCCCGAAGAGCAGGGAGCUCAAGGUCAUGAAGAAGAAUGUUCUAGACUCCAGGCCAACUACUCGCCGGAGCGUGUCUACCUGUGAUGGGAGCAACUUGCCGCCUGAAUUGUUGGAGAAGCUACUGGAGGAGAUUCAAAGCCUCAAGGCCACAGUGAUUGAUCAGGAGAACCGAAUCUGUGACUUAGAGAAUAAGCUGUCACAGUACACCAAUGGCACAGUCUGAGACCCCCCCGCAGCCCCCUGCCCCCGAACAGUCCCCAACAGCCCCUAACGGCCAUCGACACUCCCCCACACACACACACCAAUUCCCACACCACCGUUUCCCACUAAGCCUGCCCUCAGAGAGAAAAUCACUGUCACAAAGUCAUUGUCAUUAGCUCCCUCUUUUGCACUUAAAAAUAUCCCCAUCUGUAUAAUAAUAAUAAUAAUAAUAAUAAUAAGCUUUAUUAUAGCAUCUCAAAGUGCUUUACAUGUGGAGCAUUUAACACAAUAAUAGAGAAAAAAUCUAAUAAUACAAACAAACCAAACAAUAAAUAAAACAUCAGUAUUAGGAAUCUGUGGAACCCUACAGUCACGUCACUGUGCCAACGCUACCAUUUCUCCUUGCCUUAAAGCAAAUCAUAAAAGAGGCUAGGGCUAGUGCCCGUAAGCUAAUUGAGCUUUACUAAGCCGUCGCACGAACACAUCUCACCACACCUAGAAACUCACAUUGCCUGAGCUUGGCAGGCUCUUUUUUGCACAUUAAGGAAUUGUAAUGUAUACAUAUCUGCAUUUUCAUACACAAUGAGCUUUAAAGGAGCAUCGACUGAUUAAGAGCACAAGACUAAACCAAAUAUGAGUGGAGAGCGCUGGGAUCCUUAGUGAAUUGCUGCAUGGCAUACUGCUUUGGUGAUCACUAAGCAGUGUUGUUAUGCUAUGAGAACAGUGAUGGGAUGUGGACUUUAAGGUGGGGGAUAGAACGCUCUUCAUCUGGCUCUCACAGUAGAAGUCUUGAAAGUGAUGAUUAGAACACAUAAGCUAGCAUAGAUAUCUGCUUUAAAGUGACAAUUAUGUCAUUUUUAGUGUUUGUGAUGGUGACAAGUGGCCAUUUGAAACUUGCAAAUUGUGUUGUCUUGCCUUAAUGUCCAAUCUGUCAGUGAGUUGCGUUACUAGCUUUUGUUACAGCUAAUUGUGCUGUUUCUAUUGUUUGCUGUUAGCAAGUUAGCUUGCAAACUCUGAACAGCAAAACAUCCUGCAGCUUUAAAGUGUCUUUUGAACAACAAUUCAACGUGGAACCUUUUUAAAAGGUUCUUUUUUUUUAAAAGUUUAAAAAAUGGCAACAGUCCUACACAGUCCUAAAAGGUUCUUUUUUUUUUUAAAAGUUUAAAAAAUGGCAACAGUCCUACACAUAUUUGUGGUGCUGUGAUUAAGAGGUGGUUGGCUUUAAACCCUAAUGGUGUUAAGACGACUAAAAGAAGAACAUACCAGUUCUGCAUCAAAUCUUUCAGAGCUCUGAGAGUAAAGGAAGAAGCUUCUUUCCCAUGUACAGGAAGUGGUUGCAGAGGGAAGACAAAGUACUUCAGAGAAGAUUUAGACAUGUUGGACGAGAUAUGUAUUUUUAUGUGCAGUGGCAUUUUGUGAAAUUGUACUUAAAAGCACAAUGUCUAGAUGCUUCAAGCAUAUAUUUCAUUGAAAGUAUCUGGAAGAAGAGUUUAGUCUUUUAAGGGUGUUUAAGUAAGUUCAUCUGAAAAGUUAAUUUGAAUGUCUCAAUGGCUCUGUUUGGUUUAUUUUGUUGUUUUUAUAUCUUGUGCGAUUUUCUCAAAAAUAUAUUUUUAACACUCCCUUUUGAUAAUCCCUUAACUAUAUUCAUCUGUGUAUCAUUUGUUUACUUUUGGUAAGGAACUAUUGGAAGGUAAUAUGGUAGAAUACCACCUUUCAUUAUUUCGAAGAUCAUCCUGACAUUCGAAAACAUCCCGUUCAGUGCAUUUGAACAUGUAAAAUGUGCCUACAUACUGGCAGCAAUCCGAACGUAACUGUGCUGACUAACACAUUACACGGCUGCUGCCCAGACACAAGGCUGUGUGCCUUGCCCUGUCAUCAUACCCUAACAGCACAUGGUCUUCGAAUGCCUUUCAACAUGUAAAUAUAUACAAAAAAAGAGAAAAAUUAAAUAUGGAAAAAUACCAAAAAUUGAAAAUUACGAAACCAAAGACAAAUAUUGAGAGAAAUAUUUUGUGUGUUCUGUUGAUGUUACUAUAUGAUGGCAUCAAUAAAACAUCCUUUUGUAAUAAAAA